AUGGAGACCACUGUCGAAAAUUCGGAUGCCCUUGAACAGCAAUGGAUUGAAGAGCAAUUGCGACUGAGGCGCCAGUGCCUCUUGAAGGACCCUCCGGAACUUCUUGCUAAACUCGCGGACAGCUCACUGCUAGUCGGAGGUCUCGACAUCUCCUACUCCCCAACCGACCCCUCGCUGGCCUUCGUUGGUGUUUCCGUCGUGCGAAUCGGAGAUCCAACCACAGGCAAGCUGCCCCAGACCCUCGUCGUGGAAUGUAGCCAGAUCGAGGUCAACGUGCCCUACAUCCCGGACUUCCUCGCGUUUCGCGAGGUUCCCGCGUACCUAGCUGCCGUGAGCGAGUUUGAGUCCCUCCAUUCUGACCUCCGCGCCGACGUAUUCAUGGUGGACAGCAACGGAACCCUCCACCCCAGGCGCUUCGGUGCUGCCUGCCAUCUGGGUGUGCUGUUGAAGCGACCCUGUUUCGGCGUUGCCAAGAAAUUGCCCCUACUCGAGGCUCUCCCCAAUAAGCUUCCGCGUGACGCCGAUGGACGCGCGCAGAAAUGCGUCAUCUUCGAGCGUGCAAGUCGCCUCAACCGUGGAGAAGUGCUCAAUCUCCUUGGCCAAGGCGGUGUGUUGGCUGGUGCAGCUUUACUCACUGGAACCUCUUGUAAGCCCGUUUUCGUGUCGCCCGGACACCUAAUUACUCUACAAACUGCCGUGCAAAUAACCACGAGGUGUUCUAUCCAUCGAAUCCCGGAGCCGACUCGACAGGUACUACGACGCAGCUACUUUUCACUUUAA